UUUCACUUUGACCGUGAGCAAACCAAGUUCUUAACGUUAAAAAAAUGUUGAAAGGCCGAAUCGGUCUAGUUAUACUACAGUCGCAAAAAGCGGCUCUCUUUUCGGCCAGUCAACAGCGAUGGCAGACAAAUGUGGCUGCAGCUGAGAUCAGAGACGAUCCAGAAUGGCUCCAGGCCAAGCCAUUCGAAGAGAUUCCCCGGGCCAAUAUGCUAUCAUUGUUUGCGAAAACUGCGAUGCCCGGCGGGAAGUACAAGAAAAUGGAGUUGAUGGAAAUGUUUGAGGCCAUGCGCCAGGACUACGGAGAUGUAUUCUAUAUGUCCGGCAUGAUGGGAAGCCCGGCGUUUGUUGUGACGCACAAUCCCAAAGAUUUCGAGGUGGUUUUCCGGAGUGAAGGCGUGUGGCCAUACCGACCGGGCGGUGAUGCACUGCGCUAUCAUCGAACCGUGUACAGAAAGGACUUCUUCGAUGGAGUUCAAGGAAUCAUUCCCUCACAGGGUAAGGCGUGGGGAGACUUUCGGUCCAUCGUAAACCCCGUGCUGAUGCAGCCCAAAAAUGUGAGGUUGUACUUCAAAAAGAUGUCGCAGGUUAAUCAGGAGUUUGUGGAGCGCAUCAAAGACAUAAGGGAUGCCACCACUCAGGAGGUUCCUGCCGAUUUCCUAGACACCAUCAACCGCUGGACCCUGGAGUCCGUAUCCGUGGUUGCCUUGGACAAGCAGCUGGGCUUGUUAAAGGACUCCGGGAAGGACAGUGAAGCCACCAAGCUGUUCAAGCACCUGGAUGACUUCUUCAUCCUCUCAGCCGAUCUGGAGAUGAAGCCCUCUCUCUGGCGAUAUUUCAAAACACCACAGUUCAAGAAAAUUCUUAAAACAAUGGAUGGGCUUCAAAACAUCACAUUGGCCUAUGUGGACGAGGCCAUCGAGCGUUUGAAGAAGGAGGCUGAGGAGGGUGUGGUACGUCCGGAAAAUGAGGAAAGUGUGCUUGAGAAACUGCUGAAAGUUGACAGGAAAGUGGCCACUGUUAUGGCGAUGGACAUGCUAAUGGCAGGAGUUGAUACUACUUCAAGCACCUUUACGGCACUCUUGCUGUGCCUGGCCAAGAAUCCCGAGAAGCAGCAAAAGUUGCGGGAGGAGGUGAUGCAAGUGCUGCCCCACAAAGACUCCGAGUUCACCGAGGCCUCGAUGAAGAAUGUCCCCUAUUUGCGGGCCUGCAUUAAGGAAUCCCAACGUAUAUACCCACUGAUCGUUGGUAAUGCCCGCGGUCUGGCCAGGGAUUCGGUAGUGAGCGGCUAUCAGGUGCCAGCUGGAACCUUUGUUUCUAUGGUCCCCAUAGGUUCCCUCCACAACGAGGAAUAUUUCCCCAAAGCCUCAGAGUUCCUGCCAGAACGCUGGCUGCGUAACGCCAGCGAUUCCUCCGGAAAAUGCCCGGCAAACGAUCUGAAGACCAAAAACCCAUUCGUAUUCCUGCCCUUCGGAUUUGGGCCUCGAAUGUGCGUGGGCAAACGCAUUGUGGAAAUGGAACUGGAGUUGGGCAUUGCCAGACUACUGAGAAACUUUAAUGUGGAGUUUAACUAUUCCACAAAGAAUGCUUUCCGUUCCGCUCUUAUCAAUCUGCCAAACAUACCACUAAAGUUUAAGUUCACUGAUGUACCAUUCUAAUAAAUUAAAUAUUGAGGCUUGACUCCUAUUUGUUGUGUAAUGAUAAGAUAAAUGUUUUUUGUGUAUAUACUUUCAUAAAAGUACUUUAAGAAA